CAAGUGGCCCUAAAACUUUAUCUAAACAUACAACAACAUACAAACAUGGACAACUUUAACUACCAACGUGGGCAAACUAUAGAUGUACAUAAAGAGUUUGGCGUCACUUAUGUGGCCAAAGAUAGAUAUCGUGGUGUCAAGCCAUUGGUCAAACCAGCACCCAAUGCUAGAGGUGUGUUUGGCGGGAACUUAGCCGGUCAAGCUAUAUUGGUGGCAAUCAAGUCGUCACCUAAAGGAUUUAAACCUCAUUCUCUCCAUUCCUUUUUUGUAAGGGCUGCCAGCGAUAGGCUUGUUGUUGAUUGGGAAGUUGAAGAAGUUAGCAAUGGUAAGAAUUUUGUUAAUCGUUCAGUCAGAGGAUUCCAACAAGGAGUCAUGGUUUAUAUUGCCAAUAUUUCUUUGACAAAGAGGAACUCCCAUAAAGAAGCCAAACAGAAAUAUGAUGACUAUUACGCCAAAAUUGAGCAGAAAGCCAAGGAAAGUGAUGCUGAUGAAGACGAAGAAGACGACGAUGACGUGGACGAGGAACCUGCGCCACCUAAACCAUUUGUAUUCCAAACUCCGUAUCAUGAUUGGCUUAAAAAGUAUCAUGUUGAAGAAUUACCAGUAUCCAACCACGAAGCAAAUUUGUUAAUCUAUCACAAGAUUUUACCUGAAUUUACCAGUUUGAACUUAACACCAGAGGAAGAACAAGUUAGCGUGACUGAUAGAAGGCUCAGUUUCUUGAUCAAAUGGGGGAUAGAUAAUGAACAAGGGUUUAAUCAACCUUUAAUUAAUGUUGAUGCACAGUUUCAGUUUGUCGGAUUAGCCAAUCUUUCCGAUUCAAUGUAUUUGGAUACAUUACUUCGAGUUCUCAGAAUUAAAGACUUAGACUUGACGAAACAUCAUGAAUACUUUUCAGUAAGUUUAGACCAUUCAAUUUACUUUCAUGAUGACGAUUUUGACGUUACUACUUGGAUGGGAUUUUCGUACAAAGUCGUAAGAUUUGCUCAUAACCGAGUAGUGAUUGAAGGGGAAAUGUAUAAUGAUCGUGGAAUUCACAUUGCUACCAUCGUCCAAGAAGGGUUAGUAAUGUUCAAUGGUGCUGAAAAGGGAGCUAAAUUGUAGUAAUAUGUUCCGAUAUAGUAAAGUUUGCAGUAUAUAAACCCUCCCCCCUUCAAUUUACUAGUAGUACUUUUACUC